AGUUCCAUGUGCUCCAUGCUCUGCAGAUAUCAAACAAUAAUCAAACAAGGCCAGGCGGUCGGUAUCCACGUCGAUCUCCGCUUCAUCGCCCCUGGCUACGACGUACGAGCGAUCAUGGCGGAUGCUUCUGAGAACUGCGGCAAGGACAUCAUGAAAGAGUUCUCCAAGCACAUAACAGGGCAGCUGUGGCGAGCGGAGGCGAUGAUGCUCCUCAACGCCAUCUUCGCAGGAGUCAUAGUUGGAAUAGGCGCCUUUGGCCAUCGUUAUCGCCACUAUGGCUUCACCCGCUAUCUCUUGCUGGGGCAACCACCUUGUUCCUACCCAUCAUAUCUUAUGUCCUCUCCACACAUGGCUCCACGGGUGAUGCGUUUGAUAUCGUUACCGAACGUGAAUUGGUAGCCACUUGCUGGGCAAACGGCAUGCACUCAUACAUGGUCAUAGCAUCUGCCUGCCUC